AUGGCUGUGAAGCAACUGGGAGGUGUAAACAAACCGGUGGAACAGGUGGUUCAUGCCGCCUCCGAGAAUCACCCAAAGACUCUACCCCUUCUCUUGGAGGAAAGCGACUUCAGCUUCGCGGCUGCCAAAAGCUGCAGUUUGGCCCUCCAGCGGGGAUUCUACUUCUCCCUUCGAAUGCCCGACUGGGCCAAGGACUUUAAGGAGCAGACGGAGAAGAUCCUAGCCCAUCGUUUCGAGGCCUCAAGGAUGAACACCAAAGGAAGCAGAGACUCGAAGCUGUCAAAGUACUAUGGAGAUCAUAGUUCCGAACGUUAUGGCGGUAUAUUUUCAGAGAGAUCCACUGACAAUUUCUUUGAAAUUCCUUCUGAUCAAAGCAAGAACAACCGCCCAGUGCGAUCACCCAAAAUCAAGGACGACCUAACAUGCGGGAAGAAAGUGUCAUCUUAA